CGUAAUGGGAGAGACAAAUAAAGAAAUUCGUUUCUUUUUACAACGGGAAAUUGUUUGAAUGAAUAUAUUCCUUUUGUAGGAAGCAAAGGUCAGUGCUUCAUAGCUCUGAUAUUCGCUCAUGAGAGUUGAUGGUUUGAUAGAUUGUUCCUUGAAGAGAAGAAGAUUGAUGAGCUUUGAUCCCAUGGAUGAUGCAGAUAUAGCCAAGACCAAAUUUGCAGCUAUGGCAGAAGAACUUGGACGAGAAAUUCGUGUAUUUGAAACAUCACCAACUUCUCUUGAUGGAUCUGUGACCAUGACAUCCAGUGAAGAUGAGCCUGAUGAUUUCUAUGAGUUCACAGCAGAGGAUUAUUUCCGGCUUUUGGCAACCAAAAAGGAAGACAAAUUCCUGAAGACCCGCAAAAUUCGAGAAGCAGAGGAGACAGCUCGUAGGUCAAGAAUAACUAAGGCAAUAAUUCGGGUCCGCUUCCCUGAUAAUUGUACAUUAGAGGUUAAGUUUCAUUCAUCAGAGGCAUUACAAAGUUUAAUUGAUCUUCUGUUGAAAGUGGUUGCUCGGCCAGACCUUCCAUUUUAUAUAUAUACAACUCCUCCAAAAAAGCGUAUAGUGGACUUGUCUCAGGAUUUCUACUCUGCUGGUCUUAUUCCUGGUGCAAUUGUAUAUUUCUCGUACGAUGUACAGAAAGGGGACAAUGCUCCAGAAACUUCAGUGCCCUUUCUUCGAGAUGAGAUUAUGUGCCUCAAGGGCCUAGAUGUACUUCUACAGCAGGCUGAACCUGUCCAAUCUGCAGUGGAACCUGUAAUGGCGGAACCAUCACCUGUUGUUCAAGAACGUAAAGCUGUUGAGAAGAAACCUGUUAAGCCAAAAUGGCUCAAAAUGUGAGACAAGCCUAUUGCACAAGGAAUGGCAAACUGAACUGUACGAAUUUUUUCAACUGUGACAGGGUAUCGGAGAUGAACUCUAUAAUAUGCUUCUCGUAGCAAAAGUAAAAUUUACAAUGGCUUUUGGUUGAGAAAGAACUACCAGGAAAUCGAAAAAUGUGUAAACAUGAUGGGUUUUCUUUUUAUCUUUUCUUAGUUUCCUUAGUGCCUGUUAAUUUAUAUCAGACCUAUUUGAUGUUCAGGUGGGGACUCAUUAAAUCUAUUCACAUGUAUUUUCUGGAUGGAUUUAUGGGUAACUGUAUGUUCCUUACAGAAGACUAUACUAAAUUGCUAACUAUUUGUUCAGGCCA